UUCAGUAUAGAUUUGUUGUUCAUCGAUUGAACGUGCUUUUGGGUCGGAACGCUUCUGUGACGAGUGUGUUGUAUUCUAGGGCAGUGGUUAUUGGUUACAAUUGUAGUGCUAAAGAAUCUUACAAGUAAUCGGUGAAUCAUGAACUCAACAUUCAAGUUAAAUACUGGACACACGAUUCCGAUGAUUGGCUUUGGGACGUAUCAAAUAUAUGGAAGCGAUCUGAUAUAUCGAACAUUGGAUUAUGCGCUCGGUGCUGGUUAUCGUCAUAUUGACACUGCUGUAGUUUACCGCAAUGAGGAACACAUUGGCAACGCAUUAAAGCAAUUGCUGCCGAAGUAUAACUUGAAGCGAGAAGAUAUAUUCAUUACAUCCAAACUUAUAUCUCAAGUUAACAAAGGGGAAACUUUCGUGGAGGAACUCGUUCUGAAGUCAUUGGCCAAUUUACAAACCGAAUAUAUUGACCUUUACCUCGUUCAUUGGCCCGGUGUGAGUGGGUUACAAAUAUCCCAUCCAGACAAUGUCAAGUAUCGCAAGUGCACGUGGAAUGUCCUAUCUAGGCUACAUCGUGAAGGCAAGUGUCGGUCGAUCGGUGUUUCAAACUAUACCGUCAAGCAUAUUCGGGAGCUGCUGGCCGAUUGCAACGGUGUGCGUCCAGCUGUUAAUCAGGUUGAAUGGCACCCACGCUAUUACCAGCUCGAACUGUUAGAACUGUGCCGUUCGGAGGGUAUUUUCCUGCAGGCGUAUUCUUCUCUCGGCACAUCGGGUAGCAGCAGCCUGAGGGAGGAUCCCGUCGUUGCCGACAUUGCAUCCCGUCUCAGUCGAUCAUCAGCGCAGGUGCUACUCCGCUGGGCUCUGCAGCGUAAAGUUGGCAUUUUGCCCAAGGCUCGAUCACAAAAUCGCAUCGAAGAAAACAUUGCCCUUAAUUUUGAAAUCCCAGCUGAAGACAUGAAACUGCUUGACGAGCUGAGGGAUACCAGCGGUAUGAAGUAUGCUUGGAAUCCGGAGGCUAUAGUUUAGAAAGUGAUUAUUGAACAUUCGUAGGUGCUACAUUAGAUUAGCUACUAAUCGUUUUAACUUUUAAUUGGUGCCUUUGCUAGAAAUGACUAGUUUUGUUAUGUAGUAAAUAAGAGGUGUACUGUUACUGUUACUCUCCAGACCAUUAAUAAACAUUUUUCACAUACAAUAGUUAAUCAUAAUAA